AUGAAGACCGAAAUCCCACCAACAAACAAUCGAAAACAAACCGACGAAUCAACAACACCCGCCAAUGUUAACAAGCAGAAUGGGAUCAUGAUCAAUAACUACUCCGCCAACAACAUUAUUGAUCAUAACACCCUCAGCCUCCCACCAAUCAAACUCGAGGCCCCAGAUGGAAUAUCAGCACUGAUCAAUAGCGAAGAAGAAAAAUUCCAAACCCCUCCUGAUCAAAGUAGCAGCAGCAGCUCCUUCUGGGUUGAAUCUCUCUUCUCAGAUCAAUUGACCGACGGUGAUUUCAUGAUCUCUUCUCCGGUUAGGAAUCACGAUCACAAUCACAAUCACCAUUACGGUUAUGUCUCAUCAUCGUCAUCAUCUUCAGUAAUAGUACAGCCAAGUCCACUUGGUAAUAAUCAUAAUAACAAUAAUAGUAGCAGUUAUAGUAAUAAUAGUGGAGCCAAUAAUAAUAUUAAAGGGAAAGGGUUGAGUCCUCUUCAUAGAGCGUUUAAUUCACCAAACAAUCAGUAUAUGCAGCCUGAUAGUAUUUGGCUUCCUGCUUUAGAAAGUUUGUUUGAUGAUUUUCAAAGAGAUGACGUUGAUUUCAUGCCCUUUUCUCCGAUGAAAGGGAUGGAAGACGAACUUUUGGAUUGCUUAACUCAACCGAACCCUUCUAGAUUCUUUCUCGAGUCUAUGGCUACUCAUGAUGACAUAGUUGUCGUCGACACUCAACAGCAGCUAGUUAAUAAUAAUAAUAAUAAUAAUUACCAAAUGAAAACUUCUCUUUCGAGCAUCUCUUUGUCACAGCAGCUUCAAUUAGAAGAUCUGGAAGAUCAUAAGCAACCGCUGCCACCUGCCCCAUCACAUGUCGUUCCUGACCAGGUUUUAGACAGGAACGACCUUAAGGAACAAGAUAGCGGGCUUGAACUUGUUCAUCUUUUGCUAGCAUGCGCGGAAGCGGUUGCGAAAGAAGAGUACAUGAUAGCAAGAAGGUAUCUUCACAACCUCAACCGUGUUGUUAGUAACAUAGGGGACUCCAUGCAACGUGUUGCGUCUUACUUUACCGAGGCCCUCUCCACCCGCCUCGCAUCCACACUCGUGACCACAGCCACAUCUAGCCGACCCUUCAUCAACCCUUUCCCUCCCAACUCCCUCGAAAUUCUCAAGAUCUACCAAAUCCUUUACCAAGCAUGUCCGUACAUCAAGUUUGCACAUUUCACCGCCAAUCAAGCUAUCUUCGAGGCAUUCGAGACCGAAGAGCGUGUCCAUGUCAUCGACCUCGAUAUCCUCCAGGGUUACCAAUGGCCCGCCUUCAUGCAGGCACUGGCAUCUCGCCAGAGCGGGGUUCCAUUUUUACGUAUUACAGGCAUUGGACCAUCUCCCGAGGCUGUUCGGGAGACGGGACGAUGCCUGAAUGAACUGGCACAAUCUCUACACCUUCCGUUCGAGUUCCACCCAGUCGGGGAGCAACUCGAGGAUCUCAGGCCCCACAUGUUCAACCGUCGGGUCGGGGAAGCACUAGCGGUUAAUUCGGUUGGUCGGCUCCACGAGGUCCCAGGUAACAGCCUCGGGGGGCUACUUUCUAUGAUAAGAGACCAAGCCCCGAACAUUGUAACGAUCGUGGAGCAAGAAGCGAGUCACAAUGGACCCUACUUCCUAGGUCGGUUCCUUGAGGCGCUUCACUUCUACUCGGCGAUAUUUGACUCGUUAGAUGCAACGUUCCCAAUUGACUCGACUCAGAGGGCGAAGGUGGAGCAAUGCAUAUUCGCAGAGGAGAUAAAGAACAUAGUGGCUUGCGAGGGGGCGGAGAGGGUGGUGAGGCACGAGAGGCUUCAGAAGUGGAGGAAGACAAUGGAAGGAAAAGGGUUCAAAGCAGUGCCACUCAGUGCAAACGCGGUUAGCCAGUCGAGAAUGUUGCUUGAAAUGUACCCUUGCGAUGGUUAUAGACUGACCGAGGAUGCCGGAUGCCUCCUUUUGGGGUGGCAAGAUAGGGCUAUCAUUGCUGCUUCUGCAUGGCGGUGUUGAAAUUUUAAUUAUUAAUUAUUUUCACAUAUUUAUAAUUGUUAAUUCAUC